AUUAACAUCUCCCAGUCCUUAGCCCCUCUCUCUCUCAUAUACAUACAAAACACACACAUACAUGUUUUUUCUCGCCGAUCAACUCGCUUGCAUUUCGCCGAUCGAUCAUCUCCGUCGUCGCUAAAUUCACCGCCGGUGAGAUGAUUCCUUGAUUUAUUCUCAAGUGUUGCUAGAAGAUUAGAUUUUUAGGGUUUGUUUGUUUCGGAAUUAUGUUUAAUAAGAUUAUAAAGCGUGGGCAACAAAAGGUUUCGAAAUCUGAUGGUAAUCGGCAUCCUGGUUCUGUUUCGACGCCUGAUGUUGUGGUGAAUCAUGCCUCGAGAGGCGGUGUUCAGCCUAAUUCGGAGCCUCAGCAGACGGCUGGGGGUUCGGUUGCGGCGGCAACUGCACCGCCUUUGCCUGGGAACAUCGAGACACUCCCUAUGUUUAAGGAUGUUCCGGCAGGGGAAAGGCAGGGUUUGUUUUUGCGGAAAGUGCAAGUUUGUUAUUUCCAGUUUGAGUUUGCGGAUAUGAUGAAGAUGGUGAGGGAGAAGGAAAUUAAGAGGCAGUCGCUUGUGGAGCUUAUUGAUUUUGUGCAGGCGGGUUCGAUUAAGAUAACUGAGAGUAAUCAGGAGGAAAUGGUGCGGAUGAUUUCUGUUAAUAUAUUUAGGUCGUUACCGCCUGCAGCACAUGAGAAUACAGGGUCUGAGAAUUUGGAGCCGGAGGAGGAUGAGCCCUUUCUUGAGCCUUCAUGGCCACACUUGCAGCUUGUUUAUGAGUUGCUUUUGCGGUACAUUGUGUCUGGGGACACGGAUACUAAGAUUGCCAAACGGUACAUUGAUCAUUCCUUUGUGCUGAAAUUGCUUGAUUUAUUUGACUCGGAGGAUCCGCGGGAGAGGGAAUAUCUGAAGACUAUUCUCCAUCGUAUAUAUGGAAAGUUCAUGGUGCACCGCCCAUUUAUUAGGAAAGGAAUCAAUAACAUAUUCUAUCGAUUUAUAUAUGAGACUGAGAGACACAGUGGUAUUGGCGAGCUAUUGGAGAUUCUUGGAAGCAUAAUUAAUGGGUUUGCCCUGCCUAUGAAAGAGGAGCAUAAGUUAUUUCUUGUCCGGGCACUCAUACCCCUUCACAAACCUAAGACUGUUGGCUUCUAUCAUCAGCAGCUCGCUUAUUGCAUAACUCAGUUUGUUGAAAAGGACUACAAAUUGGCAGAAACUGUUAUUAGGGGUUUGUUGAAGUACUGGCCAGUCACUAAUUGUCAAAAAGAAAUUCUUUUCCUUAACGAGCUUGAGGAAGUUCUAGAAGCAACACAAGCAGCUGAAUUCCAACGUUGCAUGGUUUUACUCUUCAAACAGCUACGCCGCUGCCUAACAAGCCCCAACUUCCAGGUUGCAGAACGAACUCUCUUUUUGUGGAAUAAUGAGCACAUUGUCGCCCUAAUUUCACAAAAUCGUAAUGUAAUCUUGCCAAUCAUAUUUGAGGCACUUGAAAGGAAUAUCAAGUCCCAUUGGAAUCAAGCAAUCAAUGGGCUAACAGUAAAUGUUCGAAAGCUGUUUUUGGAAAUGGAUGCUGAGCUUUUUGAGGAAUGUGAAAAGCAGUUUGCGGAGAAAGAGGCUAGGGCUGCGGAGUUGGAAGAGAUGCGGGAACAGACGUGGCAGAGAUUGGCUGCUGCAGCUGAUCAAGGAGUCUGAUUGGAGGAUAUAGCAAAGGUGUUUAUCAGGAAGAAAAGAAAAACAUACACAAAAAUUACCCUCUCACUAGAUGAGAUGCACCUUGUCCUAAAUUGGAGGAUGCAUGAUCCUCUAAAAGACCACAGAUGGAAGCAAAUGCUUUCAUCUCCUUGUCUGAGUUAUUAUAAAUUGUUUACCUAACUAUUCAGGUCAACUUUUGGCAGGCAGUGAAGAUACAUCAGAAUUGAUUCACUGGUCUAACUGAGAUGUUGUAGUAGUUCUACAUUUGGUUUCUUUUCAUAGAAAAAGUAUGGAUUUAUUUUGUACUGUAGAGCAGAUUUUACUGUUAGCAUUGGUCCUUUGGAUGGCAGUUCUAGGUGGGUUUGGGUAAAAAGUAUAGCAAGUUUUUUUGUAAUCUUUAAUUGAUUUGUGCACCAGGUACAUAAACAUUUGAAAAUGCGACAGGUUUAUGUGAACA